CUGUUAGUCACCAACGUGGUGGCGGCUUGGGGGUGGUGGGGUCGCUGGGGGAUGCACAGCGCUGUAUGUCUUCCACUCUGUCCUCCCCCCAUGUCUGUUCGUCACCAAGGUGCUGGAGGACGCAUGGGGGGGUGUCCCUGGGGGUGCACGGCGCUGUACAUCUCUUGCUGUAUUGUCCCCCCUCCCUAGGUCUGUUCGUCACCAAGGUGCUGGAGGAGGUGGCGGGGGCAUAGUGGGGUCACUGCGGGGUUGUGAUGAUGCUGCCCCUGGGAGCCAGCUGAGGUCACUCAAUCAGGGUGAACUGCAAACAGAACGGGGCAAACCCCAAAAGCUGGUGGAUCUUCCAAUCCUUAGAUUUACCAACCAGCCCAAAACAGCCUCUGUAUUACCUCACUGGGGCCUUAGAAGUUCCCUUAAAGUGCCCAGCCUCAGGCCUCCACCCAGACACACGUGUCAGGUCUGAUGAUGAUUUGAAAAUUGUAUCUCAUCAUAUAAAGAAAAGGUUCUUCUAACCCCACAGGAUCAGCCACACCCCCAGGUCCAGUUAGAACGUAGAUCUUACCCCCAAUACGCACUUAUAGUCAAUUCCUGUUAACUAAGCGAAAAUGUAUUAAAAAAGAAGAGCGAGAGAGUUGGUUAAAAGAUGAAUAUACAGACUGACGCCUUCAGUUCUUGAGGGUUAGAUACAUAUAGCAGAGAUGAGCUUGUCGUUGCCAAAUGUCCUCUUAGACAUAGUCCAAUGUCCAUAUUCAGGGUGACUCCAGUCAAUGACUGGGGAUCUCAGGCCUUGUGGCUCAGGGUUUCCCGCUCUUGAAACCCAAAGCAGAUCUCUGAUGAAGAAGGCUCGUGUCCCGGGGUUUUUAUACAUUUCCAGCAGCCUUUUGGCCUGAGAAAACAAUAGGCUUCACUUCCCUUCUCCUACCAUCCUGGCAAUUAGCACAGGGUAAUUUAUCCAUUAAACAGUUCAGAUACAAAAAGAACAGGAGUACUUGUGGCACCUUAGAGACUAAAGUGCUACACGUACUCCUAUUCUUUUUGCGGAUACAGACUAACACGGUUGCUACUCAGAGACAGGUUGCCACAACCUUCAAAGAGACAUAUAGACAAUAAUACUGUUUCCCUCAAAUAUCUUCCUAAAUAUUACAGUACUGCUCCUUUUUUGAUCUCUGAAUCAAAGCUAUAGCAGUAGACGAGACUUGUUUGCUGACUUUACAAGACCUGAGCAAACAUCUCCCCUCUAGCUCUAAGGAUGCAGGUUGCAUUUCAAAGCUCUAUGUAUUUACAUAUCUUCCUAACCAGUCUUUAUAAAGUUUGGCCCUGGGUCAGGUCAGUCAGUGAGUUAAUUAACUCUUUCUGGCCCUCUGUCACCUUUCAAUGGGAGAUUAUAUUCCACUCAUAAUGUCACAGGGGUGCACGGUGCUGUACGUCUCUCACUGUGUUCUCCCCUCCAGGUCUGUUUGUCACCAAUACGCUGGAGGAGGCGGCGGGAGGAUAAUGGGGGCCAGGAUGUCACUGGGGAGUGCACGGUGCUGUACGUCUCACUGUGUUCUCCCCCCAGGUCUGUUCGUUACCAACGUGUUGGAGGAGGCGGUGGGCUCCGCGCUGCCCCUGGCCCUGGACCCUUCCGGCUCCCUGCUGCUCCAGGCCCUGCUGCCUGAGGCCUCGCCCGCCCAGCUGGCCCAGCUCCUGCGCCCCCUGUUGCCUGCCCUGUGCCAGGCUGCCUGCCACCCCUGUGGUGCCCACGUUCUGGAGGCUGCCCUGCUCCGGGCUCCUCGGCUGCUGGGAGAGGAGGAUGCUGGGACGCUAGAGGAGCUGGUGCUGCAGCUGGGGCGGGCCGUGAGGGAGGAGCUGGGGGCCUUCGCCCGGGACCCCCACGCCAGUUUUGUGGUGAGGACCCUGCUGCAGGUACUGGGGGGAGUCCGUGUCGGCUCUGAUGCGGCCCGGGGGCUCUCGGGGACAGGGCCCCCUGCCCCACACAAGAAACAGGCUGAAGCUGAGAGCGAGGGGCCGGCGGAGUUUGAAGUCCCGGACUCGUUCCUGGCCCUCUUGCGGGAGUUCAUUGCUGCUUUCCAGGAGAACAUCGCAGAGUUCAUCACCCACAGAGUCGCCAGCCUCUGCCUGCAGGUGGCGCUGGAGGUUUUGCACAGGAAGCUGCCUGAGGCCUGCGCUGAGCUGUGCAGCUCCGUGAUUGGCUACCUGAGCUCGCGGAACCCCUCCGCUGGAUGCAGCCCCCUGCUGGUGUUCCUGAAGGACCCCGUCUGCAGCCGAGUGCUGGACAAGGUGCUGGAGGUGUCGGAGCCGCGGAUGCUGCGGGCGCUCUACCGCCAGCACUUCCGGGGCCAGCUGCGGGCACUGGCGGGUCACGGGGUGGCCAACUUCACCCUCCAGCGCCUCAUCGGGGCCGCGCCCCCCAAGCUGCUGGGGAAGGUGCUGGCAGAGCUGGGGCCGGGGCUGGAGGAGGUGCUGGCCCAGGGGCAUGCAGGCGUGGCCACGGCGCUUCUGGGAGCCUGCCGGCGGUGCGGGGCCAGCCAGCAGGAGGCGCUGCAGUUGCUCAUGGAGGCCUUCCACUGUUGGGAGCCCCCCGUCCGGCGGGCAGCCUGUGCUCCCCUCUUUGCCUCCCUGCUGCCCUAUGAGGUGUACUAUGCCCCGGGUGAGGGCCAGGAGGUGCAGCCCCCCCUGGAAGAGCAGCCUGAUCCCCCACCUGCCCUGGCCUCGGUUUCCCUCCAUGGCUCCCUGCUGCUCCAGCACCUGCUGCACUUCGCUGACCCCUCCCCCGUGCUGCGAAGCCUGGCCGCUCUCCCCCCGCACGACCUGGUCACCCUGGCCUGCAGCCCGGCCGGCAGCCAUGUCUACGACGCCCUCCUGGCCAGCCCCUCCGUACCCCGCAAGCCCAGGCGCAAGGUGCUGCGCGGGCUCCAGGGUCACUACGUGUCUCUGGCUUGCAACAAACAUGGGAGCAGAGUCCUGGACGCCAUCUGGAGCCGGGCCACCCUGCCGGCCAAGAGACAAAUUGCCCAGGAACUGGCCGAGCAGGAGCAGCAGCUGCGCAAUGACCCCUUUGGGCACCAUUUGGUGCGGAACUUCGCCCUGACCCAUUUCGUGAACCGCCGGCGAGACUGGGACCGGCACCAAGAGGCGGAGACCAAACGCAGGGAGCUGUUCGCUGAGAUUCUGGAGGAUUGAAUACUGGGGGGCAGCGAUGGGAUUGCUAGCCCCUUCUGGCACCAGGAGAGACUCUUCUUCCAACCAUAGAGAUCCUGGAGGACUGAAUGCCAGAGCGGGUGCUGCUCACAUCUGCUUCUACCCAUAGAGAUUGUGGAAGACUGAAUAUCAUCAGAGUGGGUGCUAUGGAGUUUUUAUGGCCCUCUUGGCUCCUAACCAUAGAGACUAUAGAGGACUGAAUACCAGGAGUGCUGUGUGGUGGUCUUAUGCUCUCAUCCGCUUCUGACCAGAGAGCCUGGAGGACUGAAUACCAGAGCGGAUGCUGUGGAGUCUUUAUGUCCCUGUUGGCGCCUAAGCAUAGAGAUGUUGGAGGACUGACUACGGGUGGUGUCUGUGUUGGGGUCCUUACCCCUACCCACUAUCUGUUCUGAACCCUAGAGAUCCUGGCGGACUCACCCCCACUAGGGGCCGCUCUGGACUUCCUUUCUCCCUCUUGUCUGCUCCCAACUGCACAGAGGCGGUUACAAUCCUGAUUUUCUAUAAAGGUUUCUAUUUCCCUA